GGCGCCCCCAUCCUGAGCCGAUUGUCUGCAAUGGUGAAAUGAAGUAACUCAAGAUGAGUGAGUUAAAGGUGAUAUCAGAGAAAAGCCUUACUAAUGAUUCUGGGGUUGUGGGACUCCUGGAUCAGCUAGAGAAGAUCAAUACUGAAUCUGCAGAAUCAGAUAGUGUCAGAUAUGUUACAUCAAAAAUUCUUCAUCUGGCUCAAAGUCAAGAAAAGACAAGGAGGGAAAUGACAGCCAAAGUUUCUACAGGAAUGGAAGUUCUGCUGUUAACAUUAGAGAACACGAAAGAUCUCCUAACUACACUUAAUAUCUUUAGCAUUCUUGUUGAACUGGUGUCAGCUGGUGAAGGUCGAAGAGCAACAAGUUUCUUAGUCACCAAAGGUGGUUCACAAAUGUUAGUAAAAUUACUUGUGAAUGCCAGCAAAGAAUCUCCCUCACAUGAGGAGUUAAUGGUACGGAUUCAUUUUAUUCUUGCAAAGAUUGGACCAAAAGAUAAAAAAUUUGGAGUGAAGGCUAGAAUUAAUGGAGCUCUGAAUAUAACCCUGAAUUUGGUCAAACAGAAUUUGCAGAAUCAUCGCUUGGUUCUGCCUUGUCUUCAGCUUUUAAGAGUAUAUUCUGCCAACUCUGUGAAUUCAGUAUCUUUAGGGAAAAAUGGAGUUGUGGAACUUAUGUUUAAAAUCAUUGGACCAUUUAGUAAGAAGAAUUCCAGUCUUAUGAAGCUUGCUUUAGACACUCUUGCUGCAUUGCUAAAAUCUAAAACAAAUGCCAGGAGAGCUGUAGACAGAGGAUAUGUCCAAGUACUUUUAACAAUUUAUGUAGAUUGGCACCGCCAUGAUAAUUGGCAUAGAAACAUGCUCAUUUGGAAAGGAAUUUUACAGAGUUUAAAAAGUGUUACAAACAUUAAAUUGGGAAGAAAGGCGUUUAUUGAUGCCAAUGGGAUGAAAAUUCUGUAUAACACUCUGCAAGAAUGUUUGGCAUUGCCUGUCAUUCCUGUCACUGGCCCUGUGGCUCAGCUGUACAGCUUACCCAGUGAAGUGGAUGAUAUAGUAGAUGAAAGUGAUGACAACGAUGACAUUGAUCUAGAAGUCGAAAAUGAAACUGAGAAUGAAGAUGACCUAGAUCAAAAUUUUAAGAAUGAUGAUAUUGAAACAGAUAUUAACAAGCUGAAACCCAAGCAAGAACCAGGACGAACAACAGAAAAACUAAAUGACUAUGAUUUAAUCUCCAUAGAACCAAAGCCGUUUGUAUUUGAGGGAAAAGUACGUGGUCCCAUUGUUGUUCCUACAGCAGGAGAAGUAUCUGGGAGUUCUGGCAGUUUAAGAAAAGGAGUUGUAAUGAAGGAAAAUGUAUCUCCUGAAGGAGAUGAAGGUGAUAAGAAACCUGCCUGUGUGGAUCUAGCAAAAGAAGAUAUUAAAGAUAAUGAUAGAACAUUACAACAGAAGCUAGGUGAUCAAAGCAGAACUAUUUCAUCAGGCCAUGGCUUAAAUGAUGAUAUCGUGAAGGCCUUGGACCGAAUUACACUGCAGAAUAUUCCUUCUCAAACAGCCCCAGGUCUUCCUGCAGAAAUGAAGGAUUACAGUCUUCCUCUUACUGUCCUUACAUGUACUAAAGCAUGUCCACAUGUGGCUACUUGUGGAAAUGCUCUGUUUGAGGGAAGAACAGUUCAGCUAGGGAAACUUUGCUGUACUGGAGUUGAAACCAAAGAUGAAGAUACUGAGUCUAGUUCAUCAGUGGAACAAGCAUCAGUUGAGGUACCUGAUGGACCAACACUCCAUGACCCAGACCUCUAUAUUGAGAUUGUGAAAAAUACAAAGUCUGUCCCUGAAUAUUCAGAGGUGGCUUAUCCUGAUUAUUUUGGUCAUAUUCCACCUCCAUUCAAAGAGCCUAUUCUAGAAAGGCCUUAGGGUAUACAAAGGACAAAAAUUGCCCAAGACAAUGAGAGACUGAUACACCAAAGUGAUAAUAGAGUGGUAUAUGAUUUAGAUAACCCAAAUUACACCAUUCUGGAAGAAGGAGAUGCUCUGAAGUUUAACUCCAAAUUUGAAUCUGGGAAUCUGUGCAAAGUAAUUCAAAUUAGAAAAAAUGAAUAUGAUCUUAUUCUGAACUCAGAUGUAAACAGUAAUCAUUAUCAUCAGUGGUUUUACUUUGAAGUCAGUGGAAUGCAGCCAAGGGUUGCUUACAGGUUUAACAUCAUUAACUGUGAAAAGUCCAACAGUCAGUUUAAUUAUGGUCUGCAACCACUCAUGUAUUCCAUUCAGGAAGCAUUAAAUGCCAGACCAUGGUGGAUUCGUGUGGGGACUGACAUUUUAUAUAAAAAUCAUUUCUCAAGAAGUUCAGUUGCUACAGGUGGGCAAAAGGGAAAAUCCUACCAUUCAAUCACAUUCACUGUCAGUUUUCCACAUAAAGAUGAUGUUUGCUACUUUGCAUAUACGUAUUCAACUUUACAGAUGCAUCUUCAAAAAUUGGAAUCUGCACACAAUCCCCAGCAAAUCUAUUUUUGAAAAGAUGUGUUAUGUGCAACCGUGUCUGGGAACAGCUGUCCAUUGGUGACUACAACAGCAAUGCCGGAGUCUAAUUAUUAUGAACAUAUCUGUCAAUUCAGAAAUCGCCCUUACGUUUUCUUAUCUGCUCGGGUACAUCCUGGAGAAACUAAUGCAAGUUGGGUUAUGAAAGGAACAUUGGAGUAUCUCAUGAGUAAUAACCCUACUGCCCAGAGCUUACGAGAAUCCUUUAUUUCUAAAAUUAUCCCUAUGCUAAAUCCAGAUGGUGUCAUCAAUAGAAAUCACCUCUGUUCUUUAAGUGGAGAAGAUUUGAACAGACAAUGGCAAAGUCCAAAUCCAGAUUUACAUCCUACGAUUUACCAUGCUAAAGGGCUCCUACAGUUCCUGGCUGCAGUGAAACGUUUACCCUUGGUUUAUUGUGAUUAUCAUGGCCAUUCCUGAAAGGAGAAUGUAUUUAUCUAUGACUGCAGCAUCAAAGAGACAGUGUGGCAUACCAAUGAUACCAACGCAACUUCAUGUGAUGUUGUGGAAGAUAUGGGAUACAGGACUUUGCCUAAGAUACUGAGUCAUAUUGUCCCAGCAUUUUGCAUGAGCAGCUGUAGCUUUGUAGUGGAAAAAAAAUCUAAGGAAUCCACAGCACGUGUUGUAGUUUGGCGGGAAAUAGGAGUACAGAGAAGCUACACCAUGGAGAGGACUUUGUGUGGCUGUGAUCAGGGAAAAUACAAGGGUUUACAGAUUGGUACUCGGGAAUUGGAAGAGAUGGGAGCAAAAUUUUGUGUUGGUCUUUUGCGUUUGAAAAGAUUGACAUUCCCAUUGGAUUAUAAUCUGCCUUCCAGCCUACUUGACUUUGAAAAAAAUGAGUUAAUUGAAUCAAGUUGCAAAGUAAGGAGCCCUACUACUUAUGUUUUGGAAGAAGAUGAACCUCAAUUCCUUGAAGAAGUUGACUACAGUACAGAAAGUAAUGAUGAGUUAGAUAUUAAAUUGGCUGAAAAUGCAGGAGAUUAUGAGCCUUCUGCUCAAGAUGAAAUUCUUUCUGACUCUGAGUUAUCAAGAACAUACCUAUCUUGA